UUGACCUUGACCCCAAUUUUGCAGCUGUCGCAUGGAAGGAUACUGACACAUUUCCUUCUUCAUCCUCGUUGUAUCGACAUCAUGGGUGUUCGUUCAUCUCGAGAGCUUCAACAAGAAGAGAUCGAGGAAAUACAACGCGAAACUGGAUUUUCCCACAACCAGAUUGUGAGACUAUAUGGCAGGUUUACCAACCUUGAUAAGUCCAACAAUGGGGUACUUAGCCGGGAGGAUUUCUUGAGGAUACCAGAAUUGGCCAUAAACCCUUUGGGAGACAGAAUUGUGCAUUCUUUCUUCCAAGACAGGACUGAGGUCAACUUCCGGCAGUUCAUGAAUGUCCUGGCCAGGUUCCGCCCACUGAAGGCAAAAUCUGAGAGAAACAUCCUGAACACAAGGGAGGAAAAGUUGAUGUUUGCUUUCAAGAUGUAUGACCUUGAUGGAGAUGACCGGAUUUCCAAGGAGGAGCUUCUGUCUGUUCUACACAUGAUGGUGGGGGCCAACAUUUCAGAAGAACAGUUAGGCAGCAUUGCCGACCGAACAAUCGUGGAGGUGGAUGAGGACAAAGACACCAUGAUAUCUUUCCAGGAGUUUGUAAAGGCUAUGGACCGUGUUGAUGUCGAACAGAAGAUGAGCAUCCGGUUUCUUCAUUAACUGACAGAACUGAUGCAGAAACGGAUGCAAACGAGAAGAUGACAAUUACCAUGACAACAGCCAUAUUGGACUUAAAAAUAUUAUAUUGUUGAUUAAAUCAGUGACUCUGUGCUUUCAUGAACCAGUUAUGAACUGAUAAUAAGAUACUAAUACGACUAACUUGUUAUAUCUAAGCAGACAUUUGUAAUGACCAAACUUAAGCAGAAUGUUGGCAGUCAGGUGUUUAAGUUAAUUAUUGUCAAGGAAUAACGGGUAACAUGAAGGAUUUUACAGUUCAUCCUUGUAAGACACUUAAAUGAAAAUGGGUUGAUAAUUCCACUUACAGAAGACUUAUGCACUGACUAAGAAAUAUAUUUUCAGCACAUUUUGUCAUUAAAUGUCUAACUAUCUGGGCAUUUGCAACAAAACACAUUGGUCAGUAAUGGAAGAACCAGCAAUUGAAUCCUACAUUUCACAACAUUCCAUUUUAGAUGCUUUUUAAUCAAAUUUCUUUACAGAACUGUUGUGAUUAUGAUAAUUUGAUCUUCAAGGCAUAAAGCAUGUAUGUUUAUCCUCAGUCAGCUCCCGACAUGUAAGCAGUUUAUUACAGGAAAAAAGGGUACUGUUAAUUCUCAUCCAUGGAUAGUACACUUUAUCAAAAUAUGAAAAUCAACCUUCCCAUACAAAAACCUUUUUGUCAUGACUGCAAUUUGGUUCUAGGGUUAUUUCUUUUCCUAUCUCAUAUCAUAUGGAUGUUUUGGUUUCAUAGAACAUAAAAAUACUUUUUCUUAUCUUCCCGUAAGUUUAGGACAUGCUUAAGCAUGUAGGCCAGUCAACAUUGUCUCCUUUUAAAGAUUUACUAUUUUUAAUCAUUGCACUUAGAGACUUAGAGUAGAAUGUUUGAUGUUUAUGGGAUACCUUUCUACUACAUUCUGUAUUUUUUUACUUCAUGUUUUGUCUUUGAAUGGCUUCAUAAAUUGAUACCCCUAAGGAAGAGAAUUUAUCCAUAAGUUCUCUUCCUUCAUGUUUUAUUUUUUUUACUUUUAUCAAUACCACCAAACCAAGAUUCAUUUAUAAAUAAACAAAUUUCUGGUUCGCCCCUGUGGUUGCCAUCAUGCUGUGAUCAUGGGUUCGAAUCCCAGCAGACUCACACUGAUUAUGAUCCUUAGCUUGCCUGUUCCGUGCUCGUGUUUGUAGGUUUUGUCAAAGUGAUAAACUGCUGAGACCAAUGUUACUUCUGGCUUUUCCCCAAAACUGAAGCUUUCACACAAUGACCAACUGUUCAAACGUGGACUUGCGCACAAAUUACUCACUAAAAUAUUACAGUUAGUGUGAGAUUCAAUGGAACAGAUCAGUUAAGUAUUUGAAUGAGGCCAUGAGUUUAAUACUGUCAUCCCAUAAAAUGUGAAAUCCUACAUUUGGUCAAUGAUGUAGAAGAGCAUCAGGGUCCUGGGUGCCGUUCCACUAACCUCUCUUCUUCUUCACGUAGAAGAAUGAAAGCCGCCAUUUUGGUUUCUCUUUGUUCAUGAGCAACUUUGACUUUGGAUCUUAACUUUCUAUUGACUUGGUAAGAUCUGUUAGUGGAUUGUAACGUCAUGCUAAGAUUGGGAUUUUAGGGGUUUAUGAUUGGCGUAGGGCUAAGAUCGGUUAGUGGAACGGUAUGCCGAUCGUAACGUCACGCUAACAUUGGGAUUUUUGGGGGUUUACGAUUGGCGUAGGGCUAAGAUCGGUUAGUGGAACUGCACCCUGUUCCACAAAGCAAUCUUAGCUCAACGAUGGUUAUAAAGACCAUAUCUUAUCGCAACUUAUGACAGUCGUUGAUCGUGGAUCGCUUUGUGGUUUAGGAUUCUGAUCAUGAUAAUGACAUUGUCUGUUAUAUAGCUUGAGAUGUUUUGCACUGAAGAAGUCCAUGAUAGUUGAUAUUUGUCAUAUGUUAGAUCUUUGCAAUACCAGCAUCUUUACACCAACUGUUGACGAUGCUAGUGUCUUCAUUAUGGGGCUCCUGGUUGAUGUUGAUGUAUAGAUGUGACUAUAAGAAAAUAAUAGACGUGCUAUGUACUUUGUGUGUGUGUGUGUUGAAAAAACCACUUGCCUUCAGCUAGUAAUGCAUGUUAUGGUGCUAUUCUGCAGCAUGCUUGUGAUGUUUAGCAUUCAGCUGUGAGAUAUGCGCUUAUAAGGGACAUUUUUUAAAUGGGUUAGGAUGACAUCGUUUGGUAUCAAUAUUUUUUCCAGACAACCUAUAUGUGUGGCCUUUUCAGUUACUAUGUAAUCUCUGAGGACAUAUCACAUCAUAUCAUGGCAGGUUUACCUGCUGGGGUCUCCUUAUUCAUGGCAUCCCAAUCUCAGUAAUGGCUGACCAAAAGCAUGUUUCAUUAUAGCUGGCAUCAGUAAUGAGUGACACAGAUUGCAUCUGGGCAGGGGUCACUGCACUUCACUACACAGUGAACAAAGGUUCAAAUCCCAGAUUCUCCAUGAUUAUGAGUGAGGUUUGUCAGCAUCAUGCCUAUUCUCGGGGAUCUCACCAAAGCAGAAAGGUGUAACACUUGCAUCACUGGGCUAAAUCAUGCUGGCUUAAUAUAUAGUGGUCUAAGGGGCUUGGUGCAAACUCACUCGUCUCACCAGCUCUUCUCUGCAUAUCAAUUAUAGUUUAUAUCACUUCAGUUUCAGCAUCCAGUAAAUGUGUUCAGUAGUAGCAUUUGGUGAUCCUCUCCUACCACUCCCAAGGCCAGACAACCUGCCCCUCCUCUGUUCCCUGCCCUUACACUCCGAUGACAUGUGUGAGUACACUGAACACAUGUGACACACAAAAUACUCUAAAAUCUUUUUAGUUGUAUGUAAAACUGAAUAGUAACAUUGAUGAACUGAUACUGGCAGGGUGUGUAUCAAGGGAAAGGUGAUAGGAGCAGUAAAUUUUCCCACCACGCUCUCUCUCAAUGUCAUUUCUCUGAUGGGCGAUAAGAAUCUUUACUUGUGAAAUUCCAAGCAAUAAUUUGUCCAGUCUGAAAAUGAAGAAACUCUCUGUUGUAUUACUCUUUAUAAGAUACUUUAAGGAUUGCAUUUCUCUGAAAUUGUGUUAUUUCAGAAACUCUAUGUUAGCCUACCUGCCAUAAUACAAUGUCAAUACUUGUGUCUGUUGUUGAGAAGUUGGUUGGUGGUUUGGUCACUUAGUCAGUGAUGUUAGUGGCUUUGCUUUCUGGCACCCACACAGCUGACUGCAUCAGCUAUUCUAAAGCUCACUGUGUCAAGUAACCCUUCUUGGCCUGCUUCCUCCGCUAAAUGUGAACAAGUUUACCUAAUGUGAUUAGAUAUAUUAAUUUAGAAUAGAGAGAUGUUUCACUUCUUUUCAACACAUGCGUAAGUUCUAUUUGCAAACCAAAUGCUGAAGAAAAGCAAGAAAUAUUUAUUGUGGCAAGUAGAGUCACGUUUCAGUCAUGUUUUGUGGAUUUCAAGCCCAACUGCUUGCCAGAUGUAGGUAAAAAGAAGUAACAGUAUCUCUGUUUAUCUCCACAAUCAAUCUAUUUUGACAGUUUUGGUUCGAUUUUUCCUUAAAGGAAAUAUUAAUCUACAUCUUGAAAUUGAGAGAAAGGGAAAAACUAGUAUGACCCAUGUCAGUUCAAUGAUAACAUUCGUGACUGUUGUAAAAUGGCAUUGAAAUUAUUAUUGAAAAGACUGGUCUAUGAGAAAAAGGUUGUUUUUCGGAAAGUAAGGUUCACAAAUGCACGCACAAUUCCUCCAAGCCUGCCAACUAGUUGAUGUUUCUCUUCUUGCCAUAUCACAAGUGAAAGCCAUAUCUCUCCUGUCUUCUAACAUUCAUGAUUCCUUUGUUUCACAGAACAUUGGAAUCAUGAAUCCAACCCAUGCUCUAUCCAAUGCACUGACUGUGACAUACCGGUAACUUUUAUUCAUAUAUUACACUGAAUGUCUAUUUUUGACUAAUUGUUAAUAAAAUAUCUAUAUAUU